UUUGAAAGCAUUCCGCUUAAUUCACUCUUUUGCUCUCUCUACAGAAAACAUCUCAGAUAGUACCGCACUGCACUCUCAUCUUAUCCCGCAAAAAUAAAUAAAUAAUACCCCAACGGCGACGGACAAUGUCUUAUGUACCUCCGCACCUGAGAAAUUCUGCUGCGGGAAAAACCACUACCACAGCUACUAUAAACAGUGAAGGCGCCGAUCCCUUCUCUCCCAAACACACCUCACAUCAAUCCAGAAUUCCUUCUGUCUACGCCAAUGGUGAACUCGAAAAGGCGUCCAACGGUUACUCCAAUUCAACUCGCCGGAGCCCCGUCAAUUACUCCUUGCCCAAGACUGCUGCCGUCCCUGACCCCGUGUUUCCCCAGUGGAAGCCUUCCGAACGUGUUCUUCGUCUUAAAUCCGAGCAGAUAGAAGAGAUUCGACUGCGGCUGAAUGUUGAUGUCAAUGUUGCUCCAGGCUCACUUCCUGCACCCUCACCUAUUGAAUCAUUUCCUGAUAUGUGCUUGCAUCCAAGCAUCAUGAAGGAUAUUGAAAAGCAUGGCUACACUGCACCGACUUCUAUUCAGGCUCAAGCCAUGCCUGUUGCUCUUAGUGGCAGGGAUCUCUUGGGUUGUGCUGAAACUGGUAGUGGGAAGACUGCUGCAUUCAGCAUACCUAUGAUACAGCACUGCCUGGCUCAACGACCUCUUCAACGUGGUGAUGGACCUUUGGCAUUAGUGUUGGCACCUACGAGAGAGCUUGCACAACAAAUAGAGAAAGAGGUUACGGCUUUCAGCAUGUCUUUGGAUUCCUUUAAGACCGCAAUAGUUGUAGGUGGGACAAACAUUAGUGAGCAGAGGUCUGAGCUUCGAGCAGGAGUACAUAUAGUUGUUGCUACUCCGGGAAGACUUAUAGAUCAUUUACAACAAGGAAAUACUUCCCUCAGCAGGAUCGCUUUUGUAGUUUUGGAUGAGGCUGAUAGAAUGCUUGACAUGGGGUUUGAACCUCAGAUAAGAGAGGUGAUGCGAAAGCUUCCGGAAAAGCAUCAAACAUUGCUCUUCAGUGCCACCAUGCCAGCAGAAAUUGAAGCAUUGGCACAGGAUUACUUGACUAAUCCUGUGCGAAUAAAAGUUGGAAAAGUAAGCAGCCCGACUGCAAAUGUUUCUCAGACUUUAGAGAAGGUACCCGAAAAUGAUAAGAUUGAUCGCCUUUUGAAUUUGCUGGUUGAGGAGGCUGCUCAAGCUGAAAAAUCUGGUCAUCCCUUCCCUUUGACCAUUGUAUUUGUGGAACGGAAGACAAAAUGUGAUGAAGUAGCAGAAGCUUUAACGCAGCAGGGUUUGCUUGCAACUGCACUUCAUGGUGGUCGUAGCCAAAAUGAAAGAGAGGCUGCCCUUCGUGAUUUCAGACAUGGACCUAUCAAUAUCUUGGUUGCUACUGAUGUCGCGUCUAGGGGAUUGGAUGUCACAGGAGUUGCACAUGUAAUUAACCUAGAUCUUCCAAAGACCAUGGAAGAUUAUGUACACCGGAUUGGACGGACUGGUCGUGCAGGGUCAACGGGCCGAGCUACUUCAUUUUACACUGAUCGUGAUAUGUAUCUUGUGGCUCAAAUAAGAAGAGCAAUCGCUGAUAUUGGUUCUGGCAAUGAUGUGACCAUUGCUAUGGGAAAGACUGCAAGAAGAAAGGAGAGAGAAGCUACAGCUGCGGAAAAAGAAGCAAGGAAUGAAUUGUCUAAACUCUCUUUAGUAGGGUCCACAGUAAAUGUGGAGGAUAAGUAUAGGCACAUGAUUGCCCCUUCAAUGAUCAAAAAGGAGGGAGCCGCAGAUGAUGCUUGGGAUGACUGAUGUUUGUUGUCCACAUCUUAUGUGCCUCUGCUCUGAUAGUUGUAGCAGUGGCAAGGCCGUGAUGAUACUACGAUUUAUGAGAUGCUCCAAUGUGUGUGUACAUUUGUAGCGCAAAAACAUCUUUAACAUGCAAAAAAAGAUAUCAGCAACAUAAGGAGCUGCUAGCCCUUGAAACCCUUUCUGUGUGUUGUAUUUGGUGUUCCCACGGAGUUUUGGUUCUUAUCGAUGAAGGGAAUUGAGCACAGUUUUGCAGGCCAGGUGGGAAAUGUGCUAAAAAUGACUUGUCAAGUCUUAAUUCUAUUUGUCUAAAUUUUUGUUGUUGGUUUGAUAUUACCUUAAACACUGUUCAUCUUCUGCACAAGGCUGUAGUAGUGACACUUGUGUUGGGAUAUUCUUGAGCAUUUAAACCAAC